AUAGACUUGAGUAAUAAUAUAUAGAAAAUGGAUCAGCAAAACCCAAUGAACUUGAAAAAAAUUAUCAGUGGAUUCAGGCCAAGAGCUGGGCUUGAAACCAGUCCUCGGAAGAAUCAGGAAAUUACUCUAAACCUGGAUAACCAAAGUUCGAGUCAACUGGCUUCACCUUUAAACCAAGACUACAUCUCAGGACAGUUAAAUCAGAUCAAAUAAGAAGAUGUAUUACGACAUAGAGAAAGAGGAGUCAGUGGACUUCCUCACAUACAUGAACCGAAUGUAUAAAAUGAGUAGAAAGAAAGACCAUGAACGGAGAAAAAUUUUCAUCAGAAAUAAGACAUCCGGCUUGAAUAAGACACAAAAUCAUCAUGCAACAGGUUCAUUAACCCGAUUAGCUAAACAGAAGGACAUGAUUAAGCAAAAGAAAAUUGGUAUUUUAAGGAGGAAAGCUUAUCAUGGUGUACAAAAUCUGAGUAACCUGACAAAAGUUAUCCAAAGAAAUCAUGAAAACGCAUCAGAAAAUAAACCAAAGUGUUCAUAGAGAUAGCAGAGCUGGAUAUUGGGAGGAAACCAUCAUUCUGAGACACAUUUUCUAAGAUAAGUACUCUUUCAAGGCGGGAGUUAUUGGA